AUGGCCCCGGCAUCCCAUUCGGCGCCAAUGUACAACAAGGAUGAAAAAGUACUCUGCUUCCAUGGCGAGCUGCUGUAUGAGGCCAAGGUUUUAGAGACGAAGAUGAAAGAUCCAAGCGACAAAAAUGCUGGCCACGUCUACCGAGUCCACUAUAAAGGCUGGAAGAACACAUGGGACGACUGGGUACCUCAAGAGCGUCUGCGCAAAUUGACCGACGAGAAUCGCGAGCUUGCGCAGAAUCUCAAAAAAGACAUGGACGCGCAGAGAAGAGCUGCAUCUGGCCGGGCUCCGCCACCACCAUCACACAAGAAGCGACCCUUCGGAUCUGAUCUUACUGGCUCAAGCGCGCGAGGAAGUGAGGACCGCUCAUCAGCAGCACCUCAAUUUCCGAGAGGCACGAAGCGAAGUCGAGAUGUUGAGGGCAUUGACAAGGAAGACGAAUUUGUCCGCCGUCCUGCCGUUCGACUCUUCAUCCCGGAUGCUUUGAAGUCAAUUCUCGUUGACGAUUGGGAGAAGGUCACCAAGGAGCAGAAAUUGGUUCCCUUGCCGUCCAAAAUUCCUGCUUCGCAGUUCCUCUCGGAAUACUAUGAAGCUGAAUCAAUUCAUCGCCGCCCUGGGUCCGCGGAUGCCGACAUACUCGAGGAAGUCAUCGCAGGUGUCAAGGAGUAUUUCAACAAAGCCCUGGGACGCAUACUCUUGUAUAGGUUCGAGAGGCCGCAGUUCUAUGAAUAUCACAAGGCGGUCGAAAGCGCGGUUGGCGAGCAUGCAGGCAAAGGCCUUGUUGACAUCUAUGGCUGCGAGCAUCUUUUGAGAUUGUUUGUCUCUAUGCCUGACCUCAUCGCGCACACCAACAUGGACACGCAAGCAGUCUCGCGACUCAGAGAAGAACUCGCGAAAAUGACACAGUGGCUAGCUAAAAGGGUCGAGCGCUACCUUUCCGCCGAGUAUGAGCAUGCGGGCCAGGACUAUCUUGACGGCGCCAAAAACGGUUCGUAA